CCCCCAUCGCUCCGGCCGCCGCCGCCGCCGCCCCUCCUUGUCAGCCUACCUCUUCCGAAGCGCCUCCCAGAGGGAGGGAGACAGGCGCCGCUCGCGCCAUGGGGCGGCCGAAGGGCGGCGCCGCGGCGUCCUCCUCCUCGUCGAAGAAGCCCAAGGCGAAGCCGAAGCAGCGCGGCGGCGUCGACUUCAAGAAGUACAAGCACAAGGUGGGGCGCAAGCUGCCGCCGCCGAAGAAUGCCACCAACACGGAGAUCAAGUCCAAAGCGAUCGUUCUGCCGGAGCAGAGCAUGGCGUCGGAGAGGGCUGGCAUGGCCGUGAACAAGCGCGGGCUCACGCUGCGGGAGCUCUUGCAGCAGACGGGCCACUACAAUGCCAAUGUGCGGCGAGCUGCACUUAAUGGGAUAAAGGAUAUUAUUGUCAAGCAUCCAUCAGAGCUUAGACUGCACAAGGUUGCAAUUGUUGAGAAGCUACAGGAAAGGAUAUGCGACACUGACAAGGUGGUUCGCGAAUCUUUGUUCAGUAUACUGCAGUCUUUCAUCUUCCCAUCUCUGAAGGAGGACAAUGCAAUAUCUACGCGCAGUACACUGUUUCUGCUGAUGGCCAAUAUUUUGAAUGGAAUGACCCAUCUAUCCAUGGAUGUCCAGUUAGUGUCCUUCAGAUUUUUGGAGCUUGUGGUUAUUAAUUUCCCAUCCUCCUUUCCAAGAUAUGCUGAACAGGUUUUCAACAACUUUCUUGCUGUAUUGAGCAAUGACAGGAUUCAUCUCCAGGAUAAGAGUAAACUUAACAGUGUCCUUAGUGCGCUCGGGCACUGUCUUUCUCAAGUUGCUUAUGCAACAGAAAAUGGCAAUACAUCAAAUCGACUGGGUCAUAAUGUUUCUGGCAGGGAACUUUGGAAAUGUACUCUUGACGAAGAUAACUCAGGGAGUAGAGCAUUUGCGAUGUCCAGUAUAUUAAUGAAGCUUCAAAACCUCAUCCAGAUUCUUGUUAACUCUGUAGAGGUCUUAGCUUCAGAACUUUCUGCAAAGUCAACUAUUGAUGCUCAGUCAAGUGAAGCAUUAUUAUCAGCGCUUCACUGUUUGGAUCUAAUAUGUAAAAUAUUUAUUCAAGAGGUGAAGAAACCUCAGAUGAAACUCGGAAGAUCCAAAACUCAGUUUGGACCUGAAUGGUUGAAAAGUUCCGUGUUAGUAUAUAUGAUGAAAUUGUGGGGAGUAAGCCGUUCAUUUCAUGAAAAGGGAGAUGACAAAUAUUACUUUUUCAAUCUGAAGAUUGCAGAAAUAUUUUUGUGCUUGAGUGCAUGUAUGGAUAACACCAUGUUUCCAGCUGACAAAUUUUGCCAGUUUGUAUCUUCUCUACUUGCAAAGGUAAAAACAAUUCGCAAUAAGGAUACCAUGGAAAAGAAUUUGAAUAUUAUUACCUCCAUACCAGACCUUGUAUCCAAUGCUCCAGAUGAUUCAAAAGGAUAUAUAUUGGAGGCAUUUACAGAUGCAUUCCGGGAUUGCAAGGUGGAUUGCAAGCUGAUCUUGCCAUAUUUAGAUGCAAUGGGAAAAAUGCUGCUUCCUGAAAAAACAGGAAUUUUGUUUACAGAAAAAGAUUCAGGUUUGGAAUACCAUGGUGCUUGGGUAGAUGAGCUGCCUAGGUUUUUACUACAAUCAAUUGACAAAGCCCCUUCAGUUACAAAGGUUGUUUUGGAGCUUCUUCUAAGAAUUGGACAAUACUUCCCUACGAUGGAAUGUGGAAAUCUGCAUUCCUUUGUUAAGUUAUUUGGUGUUAAAUCUAAUACCAUUUCGCCGAUAGCAUCAUCAGGAACUGUGGAGCUUGGUCCCUUCAUUAAACUCCCACGGGAUUGCCAAGAGCUUGCCAUUUCAUGCCUGUAUUAUUUCUCCAGUCUGCUUCCCGACACAGUGGAACUGUUGGCUUCUUGUUGCUUAAGUGAUGUGCUGGAACCCAUCAUAUUGUUUAAGAUUGUUGAGGUUUUACAGUCAUCAUACAAGGCUGGGAAUUUACAUAUAACAGAUCAACUCAGUUUCUUGUCAUUGCUAAUGGCACGAUUCAGAAUUCAUCCUGGGCCUUUCUGUACCCAGGAGGAUUCCCAGAAGGGCUCAAGUUUGAGUACUUUUAAAUCAUUGAAUCACCUAAUUUUAACUUCUUUAUCAGAAAUGGGUGAUGGUUCUCUGGUUCUUGAGUUGAUGUGGGAUAUUUUAUCUAAAGAGAUUGCACAGAUACCAUCAUUACAUAACAUGAAUGGGUUGUUUAGAAUUAUUGUCACACUUGAUGCAGGGACUUGUAAGCUCAUGAAUGAAGAUGCUAUAAAAGUUAUAGCUGGCUACUUGAUUGAUGCUGCUAUGGAUUUGUCUAAAACCAUUGAGCUUGGGUUUCAAUCUGAUCAAACAAGAGUAUUUCAGUACUUUAUAAAGCCUUGCAUCAUCAUAUUUUGCCAGAAUGAGAAGGUUCUUUGCUGCACAUUGGAGAUGCUUAAAUCUUUUGCAACAGGAGAUGAUCAUGGACUUUCAUGUGUAUCCAAGUUAAACUACCCAGGAGAACUUUCACGUCGAAUUUGUAUUGUUACAAGUAUACUCAUAUUCUUAUGCAAUGAUGGCAAACUCCAUAAACACCUUUCUUUGGGCAAAUCGGUUAUUAAAGGCAUCCUGCAACAUAUAAGGCAUCUGAUGGAUUCUAAUUUGCCUGGUGUAACAUACGAGGACAAGCAGAAGUUAAGAUUUGCAUUUGAGCAACUAAAAACGAAAGCAUUGCAGUUGAACUGUUGGGACAGAAGUGAGCUGGAAGGGUUUUCAAGCACCACGUAAAUACCAAUACUACUGCCAUAAUGUGGCAUCUUACCUGCACACGAUGAAAUUUUGACGAAUUGAAGGAGAUGGAGAGUGGACGUGCGGAGGGGCGGAGGGAUGUGUGUGCCGUCCAGCCUGUGUCACACACUCGCACUGCAGUAUACACCACUGCUGCUUAGCUGGUAACAGCAGCGUACAGAGGUAGCUGGAAAAAUGCAUUGUUCACAUAUUUGGAAGGUGGUGGUCCAUAUAUCAUUGUGGUAGGGCACUUGGUUGUGAUGCAAGAGAACUGCAGUUUAGUCUGUUCAAUAGGAUAUUUCACCAAAAGGUUUACUGUUCAAACUAGUCCAUGUAAGAAUCUUCGGUGGGGAAAUGUCGAUCACCUCAUUGAUCUUUGUGAUGCGAUGUAAAUGCAGAAAUUUUGUCUUGGAAGUUCAUUUCGGGCUUUUCAUCUCA